AUGGACCCGAUGCUUCACAUACUCAAACCACUACUGCCCAACAUCCCGCCUGAACAAUGGUUGCUGGACAGGGCCCACAGGGCACUCUGCAUGAGAAGGGCAGGUAACACUCAGCCCAGGGAUAUUAUGAUAAGGUUCUAUUAUUACCACACAAAGGAAACGGUUAUACGUCACAGCAGAGAAGGCCCCAUCAAAUUCCAUGAGCACAACCUCUCGAUCUACCAAGAUCUUGCUCCAAUCACCUUAUUUAAAAGAAAGGAAUGGAAACCAAUUACUGAUAUACUCCACAUCAACGUAAUGAGGUAUGCCUGGUGUCAUCCUUCUAAGCUCCUGACCUUCAAGGACAGAAGGUCACAUGUGCUACAGCCGGGCUCCGAUCCAGUUCGGUUCCUGAACACACUGGGGAUUGCGACACCAAGCGGCACCAUCCUCCCAGGGAAACCAACAGCAGAUAACCCAGCUUUAGCACGCAAACGGUACACAACAGUAGAAAAUUGA